UAGCCAUUAUUUGUCUUGAACACUGGACUCAGAAAAAUUAAGCCAUGGGAAAUGUCGUAUGUCUUAUAAUACUUGCAGGACUGAGUUCUUUCUGUCUCUGUGUGCAUCAGCAUCAAUAUGUCUUAUUUCAAACUCCAAAAACCUGGACUGAUGCACAGAGUUACUGCAGGGAAACAUGCAUUGACCUGGCCACAAUCGAAGACAUGAAUGAGAUGGAAAUGGCUCUUCAAAGUGUUGGAAGCGACUACAGUGAUGCCGUAUGGAUUGGGUUGCACAGAGGAAAGGAGCUAAAGUGGCAUUGGUCUCUGGCAGACAAAUACUUCUACGAGGAUGGAGAAAGAAAUUAUAUAAAAUGGAGAAUGCCUUUAAGUGGUGAUAACUGUGCUACUUUCAGUAAUGGAAAACUUUCUACACUCUCCUGUCUUGAAGAUAGACAUUCAGUCUGCUUUGAUAGAACAAAACAAGGAGCAGCUCAGUACAUCUUUAAUCCAAAUUUAAUGAAAUGGACCGCCGCUCGAGAUUUCUGCAGAAAAAAAUUCACAGACCUGGUCAGCCUGAGGAAUGACGCAGAAUACAUGGCAGUCCAGGAAGUAGCCAAUGGGACAGCAGUAUUUGUUGGUCUCUUCAGAGACCCGUACGACUGGUCAGACCUGACUGACUCCUCACUAAGGUACUGGAGGGAAUCCCAACUGGUAAAUACAGAAUAUCAUCAAAAUUGUGUUGCAAUGCUGAAGACUGAAUCUGGAAAAUGGGGAGACGGGAACUGUACAGAAGUUCAUCCUUUCCUCUGCAAAUGCAGUAAGUAA